AUGGUACCCAGCUACCCCACGACGUCGAUCAUAUCCGCCGGCGCACCGCCCCCUGCGGACGAAACUGUGACGACCGUGGUCGAUGUGGGCUCUGCGGUGGAGAUUUCGCAAUGCGGAGAUCGCGGCAAACCCAUCCAUUUUCUCGGGAAUGGCGUGAUCAAGAGCGCGUUUGAGUCUGCGCCCUUGACCAUUGCCGUGAAAUUGGCCGGCCAAGUGGUCUACAGCCAUGAUGGCAGUUUGUGCGGAACGACCCACAUUCCGUUGCCGCUGGGGCUGGGCCACAUUAUCAUGACCGAUAUGCCUUGA